GUCCCCUCCCACCGGAUAUCCUCUACUCUCUCCUCCUCGUAAAGGUGGCUGACUCGAGCUGAGUUGACUCGUUCCUGGUUUGAUAGGCAACAAUGGAAGAGAUGGAUCGCUCACGCGCUUUUGUCAACGACGUUAAGCGUAUCAUCGUCAAGGUGGGUACUGCCGUCGUUACUGGAAAAGGUGGAAGAUUGGCGCUUGGACGAUUAGGAGCACUUUGUGAAGAGCUUGCGGAAUUAAACGCGGAUGGAUAUGAGGUCAUUUUGGUGUCAUCUGGUGCGGUUGGUCUCGGUCGCCAGAGGCUUCGAUACAGACAAUUAGUCAACAGCAGCUUUGCAGACCUCCAAAAGCCUCAAGUAGAGCUUGAUGGGAAGGCUUGUGCAGGUGUUGGUCAAAGCAGCCUCAUGGCUUACUACGAGACUAUGUUCGAACAGUUGGACGUGACAGUGGCUCAACUUUUGGUGACUGAUAGCAGUUUUAGGGAUAAGGAAUUCAGGAAGCAGCUUAAUGAAACAGUUAAAUCAUUGCUGCGGCUGAAGGUUAUUCCAGUUUUCAAUGAGAACGAUGCACUCAGUACUCGAAGAGCGCCUUAUGAGGAUGCUUCUGGUAUAUUUUGGGAUAAUGACAGCUUAGCUGCUCUACUGGCACUGGAGCUGAAAGCUGAUCUUCUGAUUCUUCUGAGUGACGUAGAAGGUCUUUACACAGGCCCCCCAAGUGAUCCUAAUUCAAAGUUAAUCCACACAUACAUUAAAGAAAAGCAUCAGGGAGAGAUUACAUUUGGUGACAAGUCCAGGGUGCUGAAUGAGCUUGUUUUUCUUCUGCAAACCAAUGGUACAGGAGCAAUAAAUAUGAAAUCUAUCAUAAGUUACUACUGCAUGCGCAUUCCUGUUAUUAUAACCAGUGGAUAUGCAGCUCAGAAUAUAGCUAAAGUCCUCAGAGGACGGCGUGUUGGUACUCUGUUUCAUCAAGAUGCUCAUUUGUGGGGCCCAGUCACUGAUUUCGGUGCUCGUGAUAUGGCCGUUGCUGCAAGGGAAAGUUCCAGAAAGCUUCAGGCCUUAUCUUCAGAAGAUAGGAAAAAAACUCUACUCGGUAUCGCUGAUGCACUUGAAGCAAAUGAGACUGCAAUUAAGGCUGAGAAUGAUUUAGAUGUAGCUGCAGCUCAGGAGGCUGGAUAUGAAGAGUCAAUGGUGGCCCGCUUAGUUCUGAAGCCUGGAAAGGUCUCCAGCCUUGCAGCAUCAAUUCGUAAGCUAGCUGAAAUGGAAGAUCCAAUUGGCCGUGUUCUAAAGAAAACUGAGGUUGCAGAUGGGCUUGUCUUGGAGAAGACUUCAUGUCCCUUAGGUGUUCUUCUGAUUGUUUUUGAAUCCCGACCUGAUGCACUUGUACAGAUAGCUUCGCUUGCAAUCAGAAGCGGAAAUGGUCUUUUACUGAAGGGUGGAAAGGAAGCCCGACGAUCAAAUGCUAUCUUACACAAGGUGAUCACUGAAGCAAUCCCUGGAUGUGUUGGCAGUAAACUCAUAGGACUUGUGACUUCAAGAGAGGAAAUUCCUGAUUUGCUCAAGCUUGAUGACGUUAUCGAUCUUGUGAUCCCAAGAGGCAGCAACAAGCUUGUUUCUCAGAUCAAGAAUUCAACGAAAAUACCUGUUCUAGGGCACGCCGAUGGAAUCUGUCAUGUUUAUGUGGACAAAUCAUGCCGUGUGGAUAUGGCAAAGCGAGUUGUUUCAGAUGCAAAGCUGGACUACCCAGCAGCUUGUAAUGCGAUGGAAACCCUUCUUGUGCAUAAAGAUUUAGUGGAGAAUGGUGUGCUGAAUGAGCUUGUUUUUCUUCUGCAAACCAAUGGUGUGAUUAUGUAUGGAGGACCAAGGGCAAGUGCUGUACUGAACAUCCCGGAAGCACGCUCAUUCCAUCACGAGUACUGUUCUAAGGCAUGCACAGUUGAAACCGUAGAAGAUGUCUAUGGAGCUAUAGAUCAUAUUCACCGACAUGGGAGCGCUCACACCGAUUGCAUCGUGACGGACGAUCAUGAAGUUGCAGAGAUAUUCCUCCGCCAAGUGGACAGUGCGGCUGUUUUCCACAACGCAAGCACAAGGUUCUCAGAUGGUUUUAGAUUUGGACUUGGUGCUGAGGUGGGGAUAAGUACAAGCAGGAUCCAUGCCCGUGGCCCAGUUGGAGUCGAAGGCUUACUGACAACACGAUGGAUAAUGAGAGGAAAUGGACAAGUCGUUAAUGGAGAUAAAGGAGUCGUUUACACCCACAAGGAUCUCCCCAUCCAAUCUUAGAUACAAAUACAAAAAAAAGAGUCACGAAGAAGAGAGAAUUACUAAUAAUAUCAUUAUAUCAGAGUCUCGUUUGUGUUGAAAUGGUUCUUUUAAAAAAUUUAGGGUUUUAGUUUCCUUGAGGAUUACGUUAACGGUGAUGAAUGAUGCAUUUUUCCCUUCUCUUGUAACAAAAAAAAGAAAAAGAAAACACCUUUCACUUAUCUAUAUGGAUCUUGACAAUAAAAUCGUGGCCUUUGCAAAA